GACAUGUUCAACCUUCUACAAAUGACCUAAUAAUAAACAUGACAUUAAAUAUUGGGAUGAAUAUGCAUACUUAUCUUAGAAUUGAAGUUUUCACAUCAAAAACUUCAAUCCUAUACCUUCGUUAGUUUUGUAAAUUUGAGAUUAUGUCAAAUUGUUAAUUGAAUACAAAUGUUGUUGUUAAAGAGAUUCUCUAACAAACAUUUUAGGGUUUUGAGACAACUUCAAACCCAAAAUUUAAAAUUUUAAAACUAAAUUAGAUACUUAAAAUACACAAACUUAAAAGUUGAGGACAGGAACUAAAUGUAAUUUAACCUAAAUUAAGAAAAUAAAAAAUGAUGGAAGUAUUUUGAAUUGGUGCUUGCUCAUGUAAAGAAAGAGUAAAAUAGUAUCAACACCCACUAAGAAAUCAGUGUAGAGUGUGAGGAAGAAGAGGCCAACUCAGAUGUUUAAAUGCCUUAACGUUGUUACAACACAAACCUCACUCCUUUUCACUACUUGCUAUAUAUGUCAAUCCAAAUCCAACACCAAAACAUAAAGAUAAUAUCAUAGCAUUCAAACCAAAAAAUAUUCCCUCAAAUUCUCCAUAUCCCCAUCUUCCUCAAAACACAACUCUCUUUCCUCUCAUGGACUCCUCCACCCCAAUCGCCCCCGUCGCCAGCAACAAGAAGCAAACAAAGGGACGACAAAAGAUUGAAAUGAAGAAGAUCGUAAACGAAGACGAUCGGUUAAUUACAUUUUCCAAACGAAGGUCAGGCAUAUACAAGAAGGCAAGCGAAUUAGCUACCUUAUGUGGGGCUGAAGUCGGAGUCGUCGUGUUUUCGCCGGCAGGAAAACCGUUCUCGUUUGCACAUCCAUGCAUCGAAACCAUCGCAAACAAAUUUCUGAAUGACAAGAACAAAAACAAGGGAAACAAGGAUGAUAACAAUAACAACGACGACAGUAGCAGCAGCAGCAACAACAAUAGCAACAACAAGAUCAGCAUCAACAACAACGCGGCGCACCCACUCGUAGAGGCUCACCGACGAGUGAGAAUCAACGAGUUGAACCAGCAACACAACCAACUUCUAAGCCAACUAGAUGCAGAGAAAGAGAAAGGAAAAGCACUUGAGAAGCUCAAAAAGGUAAGAGGAAAUGGGAGAGGUUGGUGGGAAACUCCGACAGAAGAAUUGGGAAUAGAUGAAUUGCAGGAAGUGGAUGCAUCAUUUGGAGAAAUAUAUUCAAAUGUGUGUCAUCAAUUGAAACAAAGAGGAGUUAUUGGAUGUUGUUCUUAUAAUAAUUAUAACAACAAUAUUACUAAUUCCCCUAUGGGAUUUACAACUAAUGAUCAAUUAGGGGAAGAAACAAUUCCUUUUAACAUUUUGGCCGGAAACGUUCCUCCUCCUCUUUUUCCUCCUCCUCCUCCUCCUUAUCUUCCUCCUCAUCCUCACUUCGAUUAUGGAGAACAACAACAACAACAACACCAUCCUCAUCCUCAUCCUCAUCCUCAUCCUCAUCCUCAUCCAUGAAGUGAAAACGGGGAAGAAUCUCACCAUCAAAUUUGUCGAAGUCUUCGUGUGUUUGGUUUUUAUUUCAUGUAAUAAUAAUAAUGUUGUGUUUUUCUUAAUUGUGUGUUUGUGUCUUUGAUGAAGUCCAGGGUUUCUUUUAGGAGUCUAAAAGUUGUUUACUUCUUUUGUGUGUUUGUGUGUUUGUGAGUGCUUUAGGGGGAGGGAGAGCUAGGGUUUGUGUUUUCAUGACACCCUUUUUUCUUCUCUUCCCAUUUGACUAAUAUGCACCAUAUGAAAUAUCUUUUUUUUGUUGUAA